GCUAGUAGCAAAUGAGGACAUCAGGCAGUGGAGAAUCCGACUGAGAGGAGCAAAGUGAAGACUCUGAGAUGACUGUGGACAAUGGUGCGUCUGAACGGGGCAGCCACAUUUAUUGGGAAAAUUGGCGUUACUGCUGCAUCAAUCGUUUUUGUAAUGCUCAUUAUCCGGUUUGCGGUUGAUGCUGUGAAAACAAAGAAGUACCCUCGGGGUAUCGACAAGGCCAAAGAGUUUGUCCAUAUCGUUGAGAUUGUGGUGGCAAUUGUUGUCGUGUCCAUUCCAGAGGGUCUGCCUUUAGCCGUGACAUUGACUCUGGCUUAUUCUAUGCGGAAGAUGAUGAAAGAUAAGGCCCUUGUGGCGCGUUAGAGCUGCGGUAACGGUGCGCUAAUGCGUCG